UUCAAAAUGUCAUGAGCUGACAAUAAAACAAAACAACUUAUUUAUGCAGUAACAUUUAAAUAUUUUGGCAGAGACGGAAAAGUUGAAGAUUGAUAAUGUCAACUUUGACCAUACCUCCAGUGAUACCAUCGCCUAGGGAAGAUGCUAUCAAGUUGCAUAAAGCUUUCAAAGGUCUUGGUUGUGACACAUCUAAAGUUAUCAAAAUCCUUUCUCAUAGAAAUGUAGAACAACGUAGCCUCAUUCAACAAGAAUACGAAACCAAUUACUCUGAACUACUUUCCAAACGAAUAUCAAAAGAGCUUCAUGGGCAUGUCAAGAAAGCAGUGUCACUUUGGUUGCAUGAUCCCCCAACUAGGGAUGCUAAGGUUGCAAGAAAAGCCUUAACCACCCCGGUUGUUGAUAAUCAAGCUAUAACAGAAGUAAUAUGUUCUCGUACCCCAUCACAAAUAAGGCGAAUGAAAGAAGUUUAUCUAUCAACUUACCACUCCGAACUUGAGAAAGAUAUUGAAAACCAAACCAGUGGUGAUCACAAGAAGUUGUUACUUGCCUAUAUAAGUACCCCACGUUAUGAAGGCCCAGAGUUGGACCUUGAAAUAGUAGAAGAGGAUGCAAAACUACUUUACAAAGCAGGAGAAAAAAAGUUUGGAACUGAUGAAAAGGUCUUCAUAAAGAUUUUUAGUGAAAAAAGCAGCACACAUUUGGCUGCAGUCAACUCUGCUUACAUAAAUUCACAUGGACACUCACUUGAAAAGGCAAUAAAGAAAGAAACUUCUGGUUCUUUUGCGAGUGCCCUCUUAACCAUACUACGUUGUGCCACUGAUCCUGCUAUGUACUUUGCCAAGAUUUUGCGCAAGUCAAUGAAGGGUGUGGGAACCGAUGAUAAGAGACUAAUUAGGGUAAUUGUGACAAGGACUGAGAUAGACAUGUAUCAAAUAAAAAUAGCAUAUUAUAAGAAAUAUGGAAAACCAUUAACACAUGCUGUUCGUUCAGAUACAUCAGGCCAUUACAAAGAUUUUCUUCUAAAUCUUAUAGGUUCCGAUUAUUAGUAGGGGUCACCAUAGGUCACUAAGUCAAUUCCUAUGAACCAUGGUAAGUAAAUAAUGUCUCUCUGCCAUAUGAGGUAUAUGCUCUGAUAAGUUCAAAUCAAACAAGCCAAGGAAUUAUGUUAUGAUGUCCAAUAUAGAAAAGGUGACUCAUUAACAAGAUAGUGUUUUUUAAUAAAUAGCUACUGUAUCCAUGAUAUAUUUAUGAUCUAUCUGGUUUCGAUUUAUACUUGUUAUGUAUAAUAUUUCAAUCAUAAUUUUUA